UGUUUGAGGGGGAGGGGGCUCGCGCGCUUUCCGCAGCCAGGGUUUGUCUUCCCGGGAAUGAAAAAAUAAACCCGGUCUGACCUGAAAUUACCCAUCAUCCACCAGAGUGUGUUCAUGCGACUCCCAGGGAACAGGCAUCCCCGGCACUGCCUACAAAAUGCAGUGUCAACUGUAGUAUUCGCCUUGUAACGCCUUAAAAACAAACGUAUCACAAUGGCUGGACUUUUUAUGGAAUGUGAGGAGGAAGAGCUGGAACCUUGGCAGAAACGAAUUCCAGAAGUCACAGAGGAUGAUGAUGAUGAUGACGAUGAGCCCAUUUUUGUUGGCGAGAUCACCUGUUCAAAACCGCCAACUAAUACAUUUCAAAUUCAAAAUAACUUCCCUAGAUCCAAGUAUUCUUCACCACAACGAUUAGCAGUACAGAAUGGAACCCUUAACAGAACUACAGCAAACCCUGGUUCCAGUUCUAACUGUAAAGCUACAAGCCAACACUACACAUCUCCUGCAAACCCCAGUAUCAUGACGACCUCUGCAGUUUAUCAGCCAGUUUCAAGACUAAUGGCUGCAUCAGCGACGUUGCAGUCUACACCGAGAUCGUCGCCAGCUUCACUGUGUGUGCAGCCUAUGUCCAAAGACAUGAUUAAUCCUAUCGUACCUCAGGCUGUAGUCAGACCCUCAUCAGUGCAACCAGUUUCCAGAUCUCUCCUCAUUCCAAUUACUACGCAGCCAGCAUCCAGACCUGUGCCCAUUCCAGCUACAGCACAGCAGAUGCAGCAGACUUUUACUGCAGUAACUGCACAGCCAAUAAUAAUAAACAAUCAGGGCUAUAUAAUGACCUCACCACAGAUGACAAAUAAUUCAGGUUUGAUACUGGGUAUCAGACCAGACACAGGAAUAACAUCGUAUACAAGUGGACCAUCUAUUUCUGUACCUCAAGGAGUUUCGCCACAAUUGUGCAGAUCUGUUCAGCAGUUUUCUCAAGUGCGCCAACUUAUGCCUACAAGAGUAAUAUCAAACGCUGGCAACAGACCUCUUCAAGUACAACUUGCUUCCCCUGUUCAGAAUAAUAUUGUCAGGCUCACAAGUGGACAGAAUUCAGCACAAACAAGCUCUUCAAGACUUCAGUCAACUCAGCUGAGCACAACCAAUGUACAGUCAAUGCAAAUUAGUUCAACAAAACCACAGUCUCUACCAAUAAGCUCUCCAAAACAACAGUCAGCACCCCAAAUUGUGAACAAAAUAGUUCGAAGAGGUUUGCCACCAGGUCUUGGUUUGGCUAAGCGUCCUGCUGUGUCUGAGAUUAACAAUACCACUCCUAAAAAGUCCAAACUUGAGCCUGGUACCCCCGUUUCCUCUCUUUCAGUAAAUUCCACUGGACAAGACCUCAAUUUAAAAGGUUCAGUGAUAAACUCAUCUGUCUAUGUUACAAAUGGAGUACAAAUCCUUAAUGCUUGUCCAAAAUGUAAGAUCCAUUUCCACGUUAUGGGUCCUCUCAAGAAUCAUAUGAAGUUCUGUUGUCCCGAUCUGUUUAAUAACUUCUUCCCCACAACCUCUAAACAAGACACGCCAACCACGCCUGUGAAGCGUGCUGAGGCUGGGGCUGAGGAAGGAAAGCUUGUCAUGCUGGUCAGUGAGUUUUAUUAUGGAAAAUACGAAGGAGACCUCCAACAGGAACAGAAGACGAGUACUACCUUCAAGUGCUGCAGUUGCUUGAAACUUCUCAAAAACAAUAUAAGGUUUAUGAACCACAUGAAACAUCAUUUGGAGCUUGAGAAGCAGAGCAAUGAGAGCUGGGAAAACCACACCACCUGCCAGCACUGCUAUCGCCAGUUCUCCACGCCCUUCCAGCUCCAGUGCCACAUUGAAAGUGCCCACAGCUCAUACCAGUCAACUACCAGUUGUAAAAUCUGUGAAUUGGCCUUUGAAUCUGAGCAAGUGCUACUGCAACACAUGAAGGACAAUCAUAAGCCUGGUGAAAUGCCCUAUCUUUGCCAGGUUUGUAGCUACAGGUCGUCUGUGUUUUCAGAUGUGGAAAAUCACUUCCGAGUAACUCAUGAGAAUACAAAACAUCUGCUCUGCCCAUUCUGCCUCAAAGUGAUUAAAUGUGCAACACCAUAUAUGCUGCAUUACAUGAGACACCAGAAAAAAGGAGUUCACCGUUGUACCAAAUGCAGGCUCCAGUUUUUGACCUGUAAGGAAAAAUUGGACCACAAGACCCAGCAUCACCGAACAUUCAGAAAACCAAAGUCAUUAGAAGGGCUGCCUCCUGGGACCAAGGUUACUAUUCGUGCUUCUUUAGCAUCUCCAGGUGGCUCACCGUCGUCUCCGAAUGCAAGCAGUAGAUCUAUUGUCAGCAUCAUUCCCAACAGCCCCACCGCAAAACAGUCAGCCAAAGCACCAUCCAAUCAAGGGAAGUCCAGAUCUACAAACCAGCAGAAGAAGCAAGAAAAGCUAAGCAAUUCAAGGCUGCUUGAGCGUUCCUUAAAGAAAUUAAGUGUUCACUUUGGAAUCCAGAAGUGCAUGGAAUGUUCCACUGACAUUGAAGACUGUGCUGCUCACUACCUGACACUUUAUACCUGUGGCGUAUGUAGGUACAAGACCAGCUGCAAUAAGUCCUAUGCAAAGCACAUGAUCAGAUUUCACAGUGCAUUCUCCAGAGAGAAGUUCCGGAAACGUAAGAAGCAUUCAGAUAAACUAAGGGGUAUUACACUAGUUUGUCUCAACUGUGAUUUUCUAACUGAUGCAUCUGGUGCCAACGACAUGAGCAAACAUUUGAUUGACAGACCAAACCACACCUGUCAAGUAAUCGUUGAGAGUGAUACUCCAAAAUUGUGCAGUGCCGAACCAAGAAAAAACGAGCCAAAGGAUAAUGCCUAUGAAACAUCACAAAAAGGCAAUUCUCAGAAGGAUGCAUCCCCAAACAUACCUGAUGAAGAAAGCUCCCCAUUUAUGGAAAGUAAUCAUUCUUUGGAGGAAGCUAAAAGAGACAAAGCUGCAGAAAGCCAAGAAGCUGUGCCAGAAGGGACUGAUAGCAGCUAUUCAGAAGUGACUUUGGAAAAGGAGGGUGACCUCCGUGAAGCUCCACAAGGAAGCGAUGUAAAGUCAGAAACCCCCAUGGACAGCAAAACAGAAAAAACGGUUUCCGAUGACAACAAUGGGCAUAUAGAGGAAAAUGACAAAAGUCAGCCGUGUGAGAAACCAACACUUUGCAAAAGCCCUAUAAACACUGAGAAAACCAAGGAGACAAGAGAGCCCCCUGAAAGCCCUUCAGCCAACGAUGCUGAGAUGGUGGACCUGAAAGAGGAACGUGAAGACAAUGUUUCUGUUGAACAGUUUUUUAGGAAGCUGGAUGAACUGGAAUCCGUUAGUUCUGAUGUAAGUGAGCAAGGCAGCAUUCAGCUGGAGCCUCUGACCCCCUCCGAGGUACUUGAGCACGAGGCCACCGAGAUCCUCCAGAAGGGAGGUGCGUCCUCAAAAAAGAAAGCAGCACCUGUUUGUGAAAAUGGGGACGAUGUCAGCAAGACUUGUAAGCAUCUUGACAAAUCAAAGGAUAAACAAAAUUAUGUAGCAGAAGAAAAAUCAGAAAGUUAAAAUGUUUUUUUUUUCAUUUGCAUUAUUACACCUUUUACAUUUUUUUAUAUUUUGUAAAUGUCGGAAAAGCUGUUAAAUUAUUCCACACUUUAUAUAAUAUAAAAAAAGCAUGUGAACACAUAAUUUUAAGUUCUAUGACAUUCAUAUUUACGUUUUUAACAUGCACCUGUAUGUGGGUGUACUGCUGCCAGGCCCUUAAACUUUACUAAGUGAACUUUCAAUGAAAGUGGGACCAUAAUGCCAUCAUGCAAAAACUCAAGAGCUAGUUACACAUUCAGAAUCUUUGCUAAAUGCUCCUAAGUUUGUAGGGUUUCAGAAAUCAAAUUGCGCUGGACCUGUUAGAAUGGGCUGUAAGGUAAAACCAAAGUACAGUUCUGCAUAACUUAUAACACGCUGAAGGAGAUUCUUUUAAUUGGCAUGUUUUGCCGUAUGGCAGCUACUUUUAGCAAACUAUGUUACUGUAAGUGGCUUAUUAGGCAUGUAGCAAAGUUUAAACUAGAAGAGUUCUGCCAUGCACUGGAAGUGAGGAGGAAGACUCUUCAUAUCCGUGGUGUUUUUGCUACACAGCUGCCUGUAGAUUUUAGGAAUGUAGAUGAUGAUUUACAGUCAGUAGCUUGUUCUCAUUUAAAUUUGUUAAACUGUUCCAAUUUAAAAGUAACCCAUUUUUUAUGUGCUUGGUAUUUGUCUGAUAUGUUUUGCUCUUUAAGAAUGUUCAGUCAAUGAAAUCAAGGCAUGGUUGCUUUUAUUGUGCUGUAAAUAAUAAAACUUUUAGAGAAAACAAAUGAGAACACAGCAGAGUUCCUUCUUGCUGAUCCUUGUUCUUAGAAGUCCCUUUAAUUAGAUAAGUUGAUUUAUUACC